AUGGCACAAUGCUCAGCAUCACCUGUUCCCAUUCAAAAAGUGGACAAGUUUAGUCUUAUGCAAUGUCCAAAGAAUAAUUUGGAACAGAAACAGAUGGAAGGAAUUCCAUAUGCAUCUGUUGUUGGGAGUUUGAUGUAUGCUCAGACUUGCACAAGGCCAGAUAUCAACUUUGCAGUUGGUAUGUUUGGUAGAUACCAAAAAAAUCCAGGAUUGGAUCAAUGGAAAGCUGCAAAGAAAGUUUUAAGGUAUCUGCAAGGGACAAAAGAACACAUGCUUACUUAUAGGAGAUCUAAUCACCUUGAAGCGAUUGGAUAUUCAGAUUCAGAUUUUGCCGGUUGCGUAGAUACAAGAAAAUCUACUUUUGGUUAUUUGUAUCUCUUAGCUGGAGGAGCAAUAUCAUGGAAGAGUGCGAAGUAG